AAGCGCUUGCGUCUCUCGCAUGUAGCUCUGGGUGGCGCUUCGUGGGGUCCGCGGGUCCUGACCGGGUUCCUAGCUCACUCCCUGGUUCUCGGGGAAACCCGGACUCACCGUCCCGGAGGCAUGGGGCGGCAGUGGAAGCCAGUCAUGAGGGUAGCUGAGCAGACGGGCUGCGUGGUGAGCGCCUCCCGGGCCGGGCAGCCCGAGGCGGGUUCGUGGAGCUGCAGCGGGGUGAUCCUGAGCCGCAGCCCGGGCCUGGUGCUGUGCCACGGGGGCAUCUUCACCCCCUUUCUGCGGGCCGGCAGCGGGGCGCUGACCGCAGCCGGCGCUGCCUUCCUGCCCGGCGACAGUUGUAUAGAAGACCUGCGCCUGCACGUGCAGUGGGGCCCAACGGCCGCGAAUCCCACAGGCCGCCCGGAGCGGGGCCGCCCCUGGCUGUGCACGCCUCAGUGCGCCGGCCUAGAAUCCGGCCCGCUGGCCCGGCUUGGCGGGUCGCCCGUGCAGCUCCCGCACCCCGCCGAGCUGCUGCUGCUGUUGAGCUGCCCAGCAUUCCGGGCCCACUUCGCGCACCUCUUCGGGAGCGAGACAGCUGAGCAGUGGCGCUUCGCGAGCACGGCGCCGGACGCCGAGGUGUCAGAGGACGAGGAGGAGGAUCAGCUGAGAGCGCUGGGCUGGUUUGCGCUGCUGCGAGUGCGGCCCAGCCCGGUGGAAGAGGCGGAUGAGCGCGGGCCGAGAGUGGCCGUUGCGCCUCUGGGGGCUCUGCCCAAGGGCUCGCCGCUGCUGGCCUGUGGCUCCCCGUUUGGGGCCUUUUGCCCGGACAUCUUUCUCAACACGCUCAGCCGCGGCGUGCUCAGCAAUGCGACCGGCCCGCUGCUGCUCACAGAUGCGCGCUGCCUGCCCGGCACCGAGGGCGGCGGCGUGUUCGCGGCGCGGCUCCCGGGGGUGCUGGUGGCGCUUGUGGCGGCGCCCCUCUGCUGGAAGUCCCGCGAGUGGGUGGGCCUCACGCUGCUCUGCGCUGCCGCCCCUCUCCUCCGCGCCGCCCGUACCGCGCUUGGCCGCCUGCACCCCUGUGCUGCUUCCCUGGCGGCCCUCCUGCCGCCCGAGGUGGGCGCCCCAUGGGUCCUGCCCCUCCGAGACCCCGGGUUCCCGUGGGCAGCUGCAGCUGUGCUGGUGGAAUGUGGCACCGUUUGGGGCUCCGGAGUAGUCGUGGCGCCCCGCUUAGUGGUGACCUGCCGGCAUGUGGCCCCCCGCGAGGCGUCCAGAGUUCUGGUGCGCCCCACCACCUCCAAGAGUGCCAAGAUCUGGGGACAUGUAGUGUUUGCCACUCGGGAGACAUCUCCCUAUGACAUAGCGGUGGUGAGCCUGGAGGAGGACCUAGAGGGUGUCCCCAUCCCUGUGCCCACUGAGCAUUUCCACAAAGGUGAGGCUGUCAGCGUGGUGGGCUUCGGUGUCUUUGGCCAGGCUUGUGGGCCCUCAGUGACCUCAGGCAUCCUGUCAGCUGUGGUGCAGGUGGAUGAAACACCAGUGAUGCUGCAGACCACAUGUGCUGUGCAUGGCGGCUCCAGUGGGGGACCCCUCUUCUCCACCUACUCAGGGGACCUCCUUGGCAUCGUUGCCAGCAACACUCGGGACAAUACCACGGGGGCCACCUACCCACACCUGAACUUCAGCAUUCCCAUCACAGUGCUCCACCCGGCUCUGCGGCAGUACAGUCAGACGGCCGACCUGGGCGGCCUCCGGGAGCUGGACCAUGCCACCGAGCCAGUGAGGGUGGCCUGGCGGCUGCAGCGGCCCCUGGCGGAGGCCCCACGGAGUAAGCUCUGAGGCUGUCACCCUCUGGAAGGAGAGCCACCAUUUUAUGCCUUGGGAAGCGCUGAGGCAACGCAGCCUCUGGAUCCUGACAUGGCACGCCCCAACUGGCGACUUUUCCAUCGCUGCUCCCCUUGUUUGGUUCUGGAGUCUGGAUCAAACUUCUCAGCCCCGUGGGUCUCAAGCCCAGCAGCCCUUUUUGGGGUGCUUUCUCCAGCCCCCACCUCUCUCUGCCCCCAGCACUAGAUUCACCUCUGUUAUUCCCCACCUGGGGAGCCCAGCAUAACUGCACAGCAGCCCUGGUCCUGACACACAGACGCUGGCUGGAAGGCAGCCAUUGUGUCUGUUCUCUGUCUCCUGGUGGCCGCUGGCUGUCUGGAGCAGCUUCUUCCCUGGGACCUUGGCUCCUCUCCGCUCGCUGUCAGGGUUGGGUCGACAGAGCACUGGGGCUUCCUCAGAAAACCUCGGCAGAGAGACCCUGCUCUGAAGACCAGGGACAAAAGAAAGGAGCGUCUCCCUGUUCUGCCAGACCUAUGGGGAGGCAGAGUCCCCGAAAAUCAGGACUCCUGUGUCUUCAUAUGUCAGGUGUCACUGAAGGGCAGGGCAACUCUGACCCAGUGCCUUAAUUUUCUAACCCUACAAUAUGUCUCAGGGAUCUGGGGGGUAGAAUGUGUCUGAUUGGGGUUUGGGAAUAAACAGGACCUGUGGGAGGACCUCUA